GCUCAGAACCAAUUUGAUUCGGCUAUCAAGGAGCAGCGUAUGAAGCGUCUUCAUUUCUUAUUAGAAAAGUCAGGUGCCUAUGCAACCAUUUUGGGUCGUAAAUUGGAAAGGCAGCAAGAAGAAGCUCGUGAAAGGGCUGCACAGAUAGAGGCAUCAGAAACUCCAGACGAACCAGAAGAUCAACCAAAGCGUGGAAAAUCGCGUCGGACACGUGCUGCUCCUCCUUUGGGCCAAGCGGCAAAGAAGAGAAAGAUCACGGACGCUGAUUAUCAGUUAACUGACUAUAUUGGAGACGAGGAUAUCAAAAAAUCUAAAGUAACAGAUGGAGAUGUGAAUAAGGCCAUCAUGGAAGAAGAAAAUAAAACAGAUGAAAGCAAGAUUAAACCAACCAUCUCAGCACGUCAACCCGCUCUUGUCACCGGAGGUGUCCUUCGAGAUUAUCAACUUGCAGGUGUAGAAUGGCUGAUUAGUUUAUGGGAGAAUGGAUUAAAUGGAAUCCUUGCUGAUGAGAUGGGUCUAGGAAAGACCCUUCAGACGAUCAGUUUUAUUGCACACUUAAAGUCUAUGAAAGUAGCCGGGCCUUAUCUUAUCGUGGCACCUCUCUCCACAUUAGCCAAUUGGGUGAAUGAAUUCAAGCGUUUUACGCCAACGAUCAAUGUUCUGCUCUAUCACGGAACCAAAGAAGAAAGACAGCACAUGAUUAAUAGAAAGAUGUCUAAAAAGAAAGAAACAUCCUUUGAGUUCCCAGUGAUCGUCACGAGCUAUGAAAUUGUGAUGAAUGAUCGUAAAUAUUUGCAACGAUACAAUUGGAAAUACAUUGUAGUUGACGAAGGCCAUCGUAUUAAAAACAUGAAUUGUAGAUUGAUUAGAGAAUUAAAGUCCUAUGCGAGCGCCAAUCGUUUAUUGUUGACAGGAACACCUCUGCAGAACAACUUGGCCGAACUGUGGAGUUUGUUGAACUUUUUGUUGCCUGAUAUCUUUGAUGAUUUAGACAUGUUUGAUUUCUCAGACAUUAAUAACAAGAGUGGACAGGAUCGUAUUAUAAAAGAAGAAGAAGAAGACAAGAUUGUGACUAGUUUGCAUACGAUAUUGAAGCCAUUUUUACUGAGAAGACUAAAGACAGAUGUCGAACACUCAUUACCAAAAAAGAAAGAGUACCUUUUAUAUGCACCCUUAACACAACCACAAAAGAACCUUUAUGAUGCUAUCAUUAAGCGUGAUUUACGUGAUUACUUGCUCAAGAGAAAGAUUUCAUUACCAGAUAAAGAACAACAGGAUCGUAGAGCAACCAAGGCAAUAGACUACAAAGAAAAAUCAGAUAGACAAUACUUUGCAGAACUAGAAAAGAAAAACAAUGCACAAUCAUUACAAGAAGAGAGUGAAGCCAAAUUGAAGCGCGCUGAAUUUGAAAGUGCCGUCAAACAGGUCAACAGUUUACACCUCCAGAAUUUAGUUAUGCAACUACGAAAGGUGUGUAACCACCCCUUUUUAUUCGACUGGCCGCUUGACCCCAAGACGAAUGCUCCUGUGCUCAACAAUGACCUUGCUGCUCAAUCGGGUAAAGUACUACUACUGGAUCGUCUUUUGACUGCCUUGUUUGAAAGAGGGCACAAGGUCUUGGUCUUUUCUCAAAUGACCAAAAUGCUGGAUAUCUUGGAGGAUUGGGCCACAGACAUCAAAGGUUGGAAGAUCUGUAGGUUGGAUGGAAGUGUGCCCCAAGAGAGCAGACGUCAGCAGAUUGAAGAGUUUAGCGACCCCAAGAGUGAUACGAUGCUCUUUUUACUUUCCACUCGUGCUGGUGGCCUUGGUAUCAACCUUACAGCAGCUGAUACGGUUGUGAUAUUUGAUAGUGAUUGGAACCCUCAAAUGGAUCUUCAAGCACAAGAUAGAGUUCAUCGUAUCGGACAGACGAAACCCGUGUUAAUCUAUAGAUUGGUGGCAGCCAAGACAGUAGAAGCCAAGAUAUUGGAAAAGGCAACGGCCAAACGUCGAUUAGAAAAAUUAGUGAUUAGUAAAGGUAAAUUCAAGUCGCCUGUAUCAGCCGAUGGCAACAAGAAACAAGAAAGUUCUGUACGUGAAUUAGCAGAGAUAUUAGCUUCUGAAGAUGGAGAGCAAGUUCAGAUUGUUGCUGAAGGAGAUAAAGUCAUUUCUGAUGCAGACCUUGAGAAGCUCUUGGAUAGAAGCCCAUCUGUAUUCGAAACCAAGAAUACAAGUGAGACGAACCAGUUUAGAGAAAUGGAUUCAUCCGAAUUACAAGAUACUAAAAAUGAAAUUCUUGCUACUCGUUCAUAA